AUUACUACAGGAGAUAAACAUAGAAGGAAUAUUUAAAGCAUAUUUGGUGUCCAAGGACUUUAUCUAAAAGAUGUACAUAUUUUUCAGUGUUUGAUUUCUAUUCUUUCUUUCAGCGUAAGGAGAACAGCAGGAGCGAGUGAUCAUCGUGGCUUUAUUAUGAGAUUAGGAGUGCCAUUUAUAAUGAUCUUUUAUGGAACAAUAAAUGGAAGCUUCUACUCGUUAUACCAUACGUCAUACGAAACCAUCCGAUUAGUCGAGGAGUACAUCGAUCCAGAAUACUCCCAUCACCUCGCAACAACCCGAGUAUUUGCCGAGAUGACCCGAAUACUAGCCGAUUCAUUAGUGUUACCAUUCGACGUGCAUCGUUAUUCGGUAGAACUGCUUUCUAUGUGGAUUGAUCUGAAUUUUAGCGAAGCAUCGGUAGAUCUUCUGGACCACGGGAUAUCACUUGAACGUUUAAAGGAAGCCGUAUACGACUUUAUAGGAAAUUGUACAGACUUCCAGGAAAGGGUUAGCAACGUUAAUAAAAGCAGCCCGUCAGCAGUAAGACAGAUUAAUGAUCAGAUGAUGCAGUUAGAGAAGGCAUUUAUCAAGGAGCUACCUGACAAUAGACUUGAUAGACACGUCUUAUUCUCACCAAGAUUCACGGAAUACGACGCCAGAGUUGGGCCUUUCCCAGGCAUCGCUGAUGCGUUACAUAAGAUCUUACAAGACUCCAACCAAGAGACACGCUGGAAAGUAGUAUCCCAGCAAGUCGCUAUUUUGACGCAUGCUAUUGAGGCAGCGACCGCUGUUUUGAAAGAUGUGACGUCAUGGUAAACACAAGGGCGUACUGUGAGGGGUUGGGAGUGGGAGCUGCAGGAAACAUGUUCAUGCACUGAUGUCCCUUUUAGUGGCGCAAAAAGGCAUUAGUGAGAGAAAUGAAUAAAGAAUAGUUUAAUGUAAGGAAUGUUCAAAAUCUAGAGCGUCUAGAGAUGCGAUUUCAAUAAAACAUGGGUGGGUUGCCUAUUGUGAGCAACCUUCUUCUGCCGCAGGAUCUUCUCUUGGGAAUAAUUUACCAUUCAAUUUAAGAAUUGUAUCAUUACUAGAGACUUUCAAAUCCAAAUUGAAGUCUUUUCUAACGGUACCAGUUCUUUGCACGAAGACACUAACUUGUCCAAACUCGAUUUUCUUGUGCUCCUCAGAAUAGAAAUUUUCUAGAAAGAUGGUGCCAUAUAAAUGCAGAUGCCAUCCAAUGUUGUAAGUUGGAAUGGAAAUGUUCGUUUCCUAGAUACACCAAUGGUUAUCGCUACUGUGCUAAUGAACUGAUUUAUUUUGUACAGUUUUGUGACCAAUCUUGCUCCAGAUGAUUGGUUGAUAUUAGAUGUCUAAGAUAUUCCGUCCAAACUACGUGUGCAUUUCAACACACUUACCAUACACUUAAUAUUUACUUCAAAUCAAUAAAUCUUUUCUUUCACUUCUCAGCACAUUUUGUGUACAUGAUUAAUAUAGGAGAUGUUUCGGAUGUAUAUCAUAUUUUUUUGCAAUACGUCUCAAGAUAACUAUAUUUUCAUUUCAAUGACUAAAUGUAGCUUGAUAUGGAUUGUAGGUUGUAAGAUUAAAAGUGCAGAAAGAGUCUUGGAUCUUUUUAUUAUUUUACAUUCAAUUGUUGAAAAUAUAUUUCAAAUAUUUCAGGAGAAUAUAACUGAUGAAUAUUUUCUCAAAAUGAUAUUUGUAUAUAGGCUGGUUGAGUAUUCAUUGUAGGGCCAACAUUUGGGGAUGUGUGUAUACCACAGUGGAGAAAAUAAUUAUGCAUAAUUAUAGCGACUUAAACAAUUAAACCAAACUCAUACUCCAGUAGAAACCAUUUCUGAAAUUACCUUAUUUCAGAUUUCAGCUCACUGAAAGGAAUUUUAGAUUUCACAAGCUAGCCCAUGAUUUCUCCUUUGAUACUGUGCUCUCAUCCUUAUUUGUGAGAAGUACGAGGCUGAUAUCUCCAUAUCAGAAAAUUUCCACGUCAUAGAUGGGAAAAUUAAUGCUGUAUAAAUAUGUGCAUAUUUGUUUUGUAUCUGAAUCACAUUCUGUUUAAAUAUUGAUUUUUACCCCUAAAGAUGCUCUCAAUAUGCAGAUCUGUUUUUGAAAUAAGCUUAUGAACAUCUGAUCUUUAAAGACAAAUAGUCCAUUAUAAAUGAACUUUGGCAAGUUUUAAUAAAAGUUGUUAGAUAAGAAUAGACGCAGUCAACUUUUAUUGAUAAAAUCGUAGGUAACUAUGUUUGUAGAUAAUAUACAUAAUAUACGUUGAUUCAUUUUGUAAAUAUUUGUAAAUAGAUAUAUUCUUAAUGUUUGUUGGUACAAACGAUUAUGUCUAUAAUCUUUUGCUAGAGGUGUUUUGAUAUAAUGCUCGAUCUAGUGUCGAAGUGUUUUUAAAACUUGAUUUUUAAGAGUAUGCCAGUUUUCUACUUAAAUGAAACUGUAGUUUUAUGUAGUAACAAAUCUGAUAUGAGGGGUAAUUUUCAGAUAAACAUGGAAUAUAUAAUAUUGAUUCAAAUAAAUACGUGAAAAUAAAAAAUAACAUAAAAAACGAAGAUAUUUCUGUCAAAUUAUAAGAAAGGCCAGCAAUACAUCAUUCUGAUCGGAAAUCUAAGAUGAGAUAUUACUUGUUUAUCUGAAAAUGACCUCUCAUAUAAGAUUUGGUAAUACAUAAAUAUGCAGUUUCAUUAAAUUAAAAAGCAUGCAUACUGUUUUGAAAAAUGAUUUUGAAAAUGUAUGUAAAGCGCUUAAAGACAUCGUUCCGAUGUAUUAAGCGCUAUGUAAAAAGCGGAUUAUUGUUAUUAUUAUUAUGAUUGUUAUUAUUGUCACAAAUGUUUAAAAUAAAUUAUUAAUGUAGUUACAUUUACUUUAUAAGUAAUGAAACAUACGAAUUAAAACAGUUUGUCUUUUCAU